AUGUAUUUGGAUUACGCGCAUAACAGUUUCACUUCUGUUCUUCCAAACUUCACUUUGUAUCUUAACAUUACAUUGUACCUCAGCAUGUCCAACAAUAGUAUAAAUGGAAAUAUACUACACCCAAUUUGCAAAUCCAGACUGGAGGUCCUGGACCUAUCAUAUAAUGACUUUAGUGGUCCGAUUACAUCUUGCUUGCUGGAAAUGGUUGGACUGAGGAUGUUAAAUUUGAGGGAGAAUCACUUUGAAGGGCCAUUGCCAUCCAGUAUUACAAAUGAAUGUACUCUCCAGACAAUAGAUUUACAUGGCAAUAAGAUUGAGGGGCAGCUUCCAAGGGCAUUUUCUAACUGCAAUAAGUUGAUGGUUCUUGACAUUGGAAACAAUCUAAUAGUUGAUGCUUUCCCUUCUUGGCUAGGGGAGCUCUCUAAUCUUUAUGUUCUUAUCUUACGAUCUAACCAGUUCUAUGGUUCCAUAGAUGAUGUUGACGGGAAUCACCAACCCAGAGAGUACUUCUCUAGCUUGCAAAUUGUUGAUCUUGCUUCAAACAACUUCUCUGGUAGUUUGAGUUCAGCAUGGUUUGGGCGAUUGAAAUCAAUGAUGGCAAAGUUCAAUAGUACAGGAGAAACUUUAUACCCUCAGAAGUCUUCAUAUUAUGCGGAAUUCUAUAAAGGUUCUAUCGAGAUGGCAUACAAGGGGUCAUUUGUUACAUUUCAAAGGAUCUUGACUACCUUAACAUCAAUUGAUUUCUCGAGCAAUAGGUUGGAAGGUACUAUUCCUGAAUCAGUUGGACAACUUGUUUCACUGCAUAUACUAAACAUGUCGCACAAUGCCUUCACGGGGAAAAUUCCAGCCCAGCUUGGCGGCAUGACUGAUUUGGAGUCACUAGACCUGUCUUGCAACCAACUCUCAGGGGGUAUUCCACAAGAACUCGUGGAUCUCACUUUUCUGGGCACGCUGAACUUGUCCAACAACCAGUUAGUUGGGAAGGUACCACAAACACAUCAAUUCUCCACAUUUGAGAAUAGUUCAUUUGAAGGGAAUUUUGGUCUCUGUGGACCGCCACUGUCCAACCCUUGCAUCGUUUCACCUGCUCCUCCAAGUUCAGUGCAUAUGAAUGAUUUGUCUCAUGUUGAUGUGGUCUUGUAUCUCUUCGUCGGGCUUGGCUUCGGCAUCGGAUUUGCAAUUGCCAUUGUGGUGACAUGGGUUCGAAUCAGCGAGUGGUUUGUGAAAUCUUGA